ACGAAGGAAAAGAUCUUGUUGGCGGUGCCGCCACAACGGGAAACCCACUCGAAAAUGUGGAGGAAGAACAUCCUUCAACUUACACACCACCUCACUUCCACGAUCGUUUGUUUCCCUCCCCUCCCCUUGUAACGGCGAGUGGUAUUCUUCUCCUCUCGAUCUUUAUUCCUGUCAUUUUUCCAUUCCUUUCGGCGUUCAGCUUUGUUUUUGAACAGCCUCCGCCCUACCAUCCCGCACCAACGGUUUUCAACCCGCCGUUUGUGGGAGGUUCGUUUCGAUCAACAACACACCGCCACCGCUAGACAGGCGCGCGAUCGAUCCCUAUCUGUAUAUUUUCCAGUUAUAGCGUUCUAUCGAUAAAGAGUAUUAGACGAAUAAAUCCGCCAUCAUGCCUCCCAAGAAGCAGGACCAGCCGAAGAAGAAGAAGGCCACGGUCGAGGACAAGACCUUUGGCAUGAAAAACAAAAAAGGUGCCCAGGCCAAGAAACAGAUCGAACAAUUAAGGACCCAGGAGAAGUCGAAUAAAUCCGCUGACGCGAAGCGGAAAGAAGCCGAGAAGGCCCGUCGUGAGGCUGACAAGAAGGCCGCGGAGCAGGCUAAGAAGGAGGCGGCUGAGCUUUUUAAGCCUGUGCAGGUGCAGAAGGUUCCUUUCGGUGUGGAUCCGAAGACCGUUCUCUGUAUCUUCUUCAAGCAGGGCAGUUGUGACAAGGGGAAGAAGUGCAAGUUCAGUCACGAUCCGAAUGUGGAGCGCAAGGCUGCGAAGAAGGAUCUGUACACCGAUUCCCGAGAUUUGAAGGCCGAAGAAGAGGAAAAGAAGAAGAAGGAUACUAUGGAUAACUGGGAUGAGGAAAUGCUGCGCAAGGUCGUCAUGAGCAAGCACGGAAAUCCGAGAACUACCACCGACAAGGUCUGCAAGUACUUUAUUGAGGCGGUCGAGAACCAGAAGUAUGGUUGGUUCUGGGUCUGCCCCAAUGGAGGUGACCAGUGCAAGUAUAAGCAUAGUUUGCCCCCUGGAUUCGUCCUGAAGACCAAGGAGCAGCGUGCGGCGGAGAAGGCCUUGAUGGACAAGUCUCCGCUCAACACAUUGACGCUAGAGGACUGGCUCGAAAGCGAACGGCACAAGCUUACUGGUGAAGGUACACCAGUCACCCCUGAAACGUUCGCCAAGUGGAAGAAGGAGCGUCUCGACAAGAAGCAAGCCGAAGAACAAGCCCGCAAGGCCAAGGAAGCCACUGGACGUACAUUGUUCGAGAGCGGUAACUGGCGCGCAGAGGAUGAGAGCAGCGAUGAGGACGAUGAUGACGACACUUUCAACCUGGAAGCACUCCGACGGGAGACUGAGAGGAUACGGGAACAGAAGGAAGAAGAACGGCUGGCGAGAUUGCAUGGCGGACCGGUACCGAUUUCCAACGAUGAGACCAUCGCACAGGAGGGUGAAGGCUGAGCCUGUGCGGUAUCCCCAAGAAAUGACGGAUCUUGGGCUCUCGGGCUGUGCCCUCACACUGGAAUGGGUAAACCAGGCCUUUGUCCGGGCCCACAGUGUUGAUCUCCUGGAUGAUAGAUACAAUGUUGAUUAUCUUUGGCCCUACAUCUUUACCGAGUAUUCACUUGUAUUGGUCUCCUGGACUGAAGGCUGCGGUUAAUGUGUGACGUUUUGUGUGUCAUCUUUGAUCGUGAACACCGGGUUUUCCCGGAUUCAUGCCCAAAGAUUAUGGAAGACAACAGCCGCGUACACAAGAUUGAGAUAGAUCGAGUGUCGUGUAUUCGUGGCGGAGUGAAGGACACCAUUUGUUAUGCCAACUUUUGUACGUAAAAAAGAACGUUCGUUGAUAUAAAUGAACUCUAGCGUUUUCUUUGGAUAUUAAGAU